AUGCCUGUAAUUGUAUUUUUAAUCGACAAUUCAGCUUCCAUGAAUCAAAUGACUUAUAUAGGAACAACAUUAUUUGAUCUUGCUAAGGGAGCUAUUGAACAAUUUUUAAAAAUUCGUCAACGUGAUGUAAAUGCCGUUAAAACCGAUCGUUAUAUGUUAUUGACAUUAGAUGAUCCACCAACAAAUGUUAAAGUUGGUUGGAAAGAGCCGAUGACUGUAUUUGUAAAUUCGUUAAAGAAUUUAGAAGCAACAGGUUUUACAAAUAUGGGACCGGCUAUCAAACAAUGUUUUGAUUUGCUUAAUUUAAAUAAACAUGCAGCUGAGCAUGAUACCUACGGAAUGGGUCGUUUUCCUCAUUUAUUGGAACCAUCACUGAUUAUCGUUAUAACAGAUAAACAAAAAUUGACGUCUCCUGUUGGAGUACAAAAUGAAAUCAAUAUUCCAAUGAAUACUGGACCAGUGGGUUCCGAAUUAACCAAAGAACCAUUUCGAUGGGAUCAACGAUUAUUUGCAGUUGUUCUGGGUUUGGGAUCACAACCUAUCACAGAUCAGUUAGGAAAUCAAUUUAUACCACAAGCAAUAGAAUGUCCAAUAAAUGCUAUGUGUGAUGUUACAGGAGGUCGAUCUUAUCUUAUAUCAUCUCAAAAGACAUUAACACAGUGUUUAGAAUCGUUAGUACAAAAAAUACAAACAGGAGUAGUAGUCAGUUUUGAAAAAGUGAAUGAUGAUGGAACAAGGGAUGAUGAACGUUCGAUCUGGCAUACGAGUCGUAAAAUGAUUAUGAUACCGAAAUCGAUACCAAAAACCGAAUUUAAUUGGCCGAUACCUGAAGAUUAUUGGCCAUCAAUGACUGCUCUCUCAUUGCCCUCGCGUACAGCUCAUCCAACAUUGAAAUUUCAAUGUCAGGCAUGUGAAGCAGCUGUUAUGGAUAAAUUUCCAUUCGAUAAAUAUGAAUUGGAACCAUCACCGUUGACACAACAUAUUCUCGAGAGACGACAACCAUCAACAGCAUGGCAGGUAUUUGUUCAAGGUAGUUCACGACUGGGUCCACAAGAUUUAGGUUCACCAUUUGGAUAUUUGAAAGCAAGUUCAAAUUUACAAUCAGUUAAUCUUUAUGUUAUGCCAUAUAAUUAUCAUGAAUUAUUUGCGCUACUCGAUGAUUUAACAAAAGAUCAUCGUUUAAAAACCACAAAACAAUGGCAAUCACGUUUUGAUCAGUAUUUACGAAAUAUACCACCAUACUAUUUAACACCAUUAAAACGUGCCUUGGCUCGAAAACAAUUACAAUUUAUAUUUGAACAAUUUGAAAAAAUGCCACCAAGUAUUUUAUCACCAAAUAUUUUACAAUAUUUGAAAAAAGUUAAAAUUCAAGCUAAAACUGAUUUAGAAAGAUGGCCAACUAUUCCAGAUAGACAUGCCGUUUAUAUACAUUUAUUACCAACUCGUCAAGAUUGUGUUUGGGAUAGAUCAUCGUCAUUUGAUCAAGAUUUACUUUAUUCCGAUAAUGAAUUUCAAAAUUUUGUUCUUUAUCCAAAAGCAGACAAACAAAUUAAUCCACCACAAGUAUAUUUAAAUGUUUUUGAUAUACCUCGUUCGCAAUUGAUUUCUACCAUAGAAAAAAUGCGUUCAAAUCUACUCGGAUCGUUGAAAUUGCAAGAUGAAGAUGCUUUGCAUAGUAUACCCAUCAAAGAAAUGGGUAAUUAUGAUGAAUAUCCACGAAAUCAACAACAACCAUUGAGGGAAAUAGAAUCACAACCAGUAAGACAACAUGUAUUCGGAAAUCCCUUCAAAGUGAAUAAGCCAAUUGAUGAAAUUGAUGAAUGUGCUGGAUCAUCGUCUCAAAUGAGGAAAAGACCAUUGGAGCAACAAACAAUAAAUUCGAAAAAUAAAAAACGAACAACAUUGAUACUGAAAAAUUAUGUUUAUCGUCGAAAUUUUCCACUAUUAUCACCUCCGUCGAGUCCCGCCUCAAGUGUUGGUGAUGAAUCUGAUAUUGGUGAACCAUCGAGUCCACGUUCACCAUUAAAUGAUAUUAUUUAUUUGGAUACACCGUCAUCAUCCCUUUCACUUUCAGCUUCAGCCUUAACCACAAAUUCAGAAUUAGCAAUGCCUGUAGCAAGAUUUACAUUUGAUUUAAGAGGAAUAAUCAAUGAUGAACAUCGGCGAAUGUUGAAAAAAUAUCGAGAUACGAAAAAACUGUGUAAAAAUAUUCUCAAACAACCAUAUCAAGAUAGUUUAGUAAUAUUUUCUACGUUAGAUGAAUUACAAUUGGAAGCUGAUUUAAAAUUAACGUUAGUUGAUGAUUUAAUUCGUGAAUGUCAACGUUUAAAACCAGAACUCGAAUCACGUUUACAAAAAUAUCGAAUGCAUAUUGCAAGUGAAUCAUCACCCACUCAACAAGAUUCAACAACAAAUGAUGAAUUAAAUCCACAACAACGAAUAUCCGAUGCUGAUUAUUCAGUUAUUCAAUUAUAA